CCCACCUGAGCAAGCACAGCACAAAGAACACCCAGAAGAACCACGUCCUGGUGGAGCCCUGUGGUGCCCAGGCUUUGGCUGAGAGGAAAUGCCCCCAGCACGGCAAAUUGCUGGAAUGCUACUGUGAGACGGACAAGGUCUGCAUCUGCAUGCUGUGCUCUGUCCUCAUCUCCCACAGGGAGCACAAGAUCAUCAGUUUGGAGGAGGCUUUUGGCCAAGCACAGCGUGUUUUUCCCGAAACUCUAAAAGAGGUGAAAAACUACGAAGCUGCACUGGAUCGAAACAUAGCAAACCUGCUGGAAAAAGCGGAGGAAGUAAAGGUUAAGGAGGGUCUGCAGUGGCAACGGCUGGAGAGCCUAUUCAAAGAGAUCAGUUUGCAGCUAGAGAAAAAAAAAAGUGAGAUCCUGAAAACUCUCAGUGACUAUGAGAACCAACAAAUUUCUCGGAUUCAUAUGGAGUUAAAGAACCACAGAGAGCAGAAGCAUUCAGCCAGCCAUGAUCUUCAGGAGCUGGAGGCUCUGACAAAUCAGAAAGAUACACUUCUUUUCACCAGGGCUUUUACAGCAAUUCAGGCCAGCAAUUCCUUUCAAAGAUGGAGUCUUCAUUUAAACCACCACCUGUCGUGCGGUUUUCAACUCCUCACAGCGGUACAGGUGGACCCCAGCAUCCACAUUACCCACCUAGUUUUUCCUCUGCCCCUGCCUUCUCUUUUGGCUGUAACUCCUUCCAAGGCAGCUCUUCAAAUCCUGGUUUUUCCUCUGCCUCUGGCAUCUUUGGCUCUAGCUCUUCAAAUCCUGGUUUUUCCUCUGCCUCUGGCCUCUUUGGCUCUAGCUCUUCAAAUCCUAGCUCUGGUGGGUUUGGCUUUAGCUCUG